CGGCCGGCUCCUAAGCUUAGGGGCUGGAGGCCACGUGACCGGCCUCCAGCUGUGCCGGGGCCGCGAGCCCGUGGGUCACAGCCUCUCGCCUGUGCUUCUCGCUGGGUCCCUCUCCCGGGUGUCGUCGCCCUCCCCGGGAGCCCGUGAGGCGCAGGGGGCGGGGGAUGCAGCUCGGCGGCGGCUGGAGCAGGAGCAGGAGCAGCGGCGGCGGCGGCGGCGGCCUCAGGGGGGCAGAGGCGGGUGGGCUGCGGAGGGGAGAGGGGAUGUGCAUAGGCAGCCGGGGCCAUGUCCAAGGUAACAGGACCCGCGGCCCCCGGACCGGCCAUGGCCACGGGGCCGGGGCCGAGCGGGAAGGAGAAGCGCUCCUUCAGCAAGCGGCUGUUCCGGAGCGGCCGGGCGGCCGGCAGCGGCAGCGGCGGCUCCCCGGCCUCGCCCUCCUCCGCCCGCUCGGUGGGCAGCUUCAUGAGCCGGGUCCUAAAGACGCUGUCCACUCUGUCGCACUAUAGCUCCGAGAGCCCCCCACUGCCCGGCCGCGGACGAGCCCCCAGCGGCGCGCUCGGCCCGGUGGGCUUUCGCAGCUGCUUCCCUCCGGGGCCCGGGCCCGGACCAGCCGCCCCGCCCCAGCGUUGCCCGCAGCAGCAGCAGCCGCCGCCGCCCCCCGCCGCGCCCACGCCGCCGCCCCCGGCCGAGCUGUUGUGCCUGACUGGGGGCGACCCGGUGCCCGGCGUGGCGGGGCUCAAGAACCACGGCAACACCUGCUUCAUGAACGCCACCCUGCAGUGCCUCAGCAACACGGAGCUCUUCGCCGAGUACCUAGCCCUGGAACAGUACCGGGGCGGCGGCGAGCAGGAGCCCCCAGCCUCAUCUGUCCCAGAGGAUGGCCACCAAGCCAACGGACUCCCCUUCUCCCGCAGCCAGCAGGGCAAAGGCGAGGUCACGGAGCAGCUGGCACACCUGGUGCGGGCAUUAUGGACCCUGGAAUAUACCCCGCAACACAGCCGGGACUUUAAGAGUAUUGUCUCAAAGAAUGCUCUACAGUAUCGAGGGAAUUCCCAGCAUGAUGCCCAGGAAUUUCUGCUAUGGCUUUUGGACCGUGUGCAUGAAGAUCUCAACAAUUUUGUGAAACAGAGUGGCCGACCUCCCUUGAAGCCUCCAUUAGAGGAUGAUGUAGUGCCUGAAGGACCCUCCUUUCCAGUCAGCAGCACUUUUGUACAAGAACUUUUUCAAGCCCAGUACAGAUCCUCUUUGACUUGUCCUCAUUGCCAGAAACAGAGUAAUACCUUUGAUCCUUUCCUCUGCAUUUCUUUGCCUAUUCCUCUGCCUCACACAAGGCCUCUCUAUGUCACAGUUGUAUAUCAAGGAAAAUGCUCUCACUGCAUGAGAAUUGGAGUGGCUGUACCUCUGUCUGGAACUGUAGCUAGGCUUCGGGAAGCAGUGUCUGUGGAAACGAAGAUUCCUACUGAUCAGAUUGUGUUAACAGAAAUGUAUUAUGAUGGGUUUCAUCGCUCCUUUUGUGACACAGAUGAUUUGGAAACAGUGCAUGAGAGUGACUGCAUUUUUGCCUUUGAGACUCCAGAAAUAUUUAGACCUGAAGGUAUUCUCAGUCAAAGAGGAAUGCAUCUAAACAACAAUCUGAACAACUUGAAGUUUGGCAGUGACCACCACAGAAUAUCUUCUCAUGCACAGACAGCCACAAAACAAGGGAAGCCAGAGCUGCCCUCUACAAGAACAGGAAGUGACAAGAUUGUUCUGCUUGUGUGUAAUAGAGCGUGCACUGGACAACAGGGGAAAAGAUUUGGUCAACCUUUUGUGCUACACUUAGAGAAGACAAUAGCAUGGGAUCUCUUGCAGAAGGAGAUUUUGGAGAAGAUGCAGUAUUUUUUGAGGCCCACAGUUUGCAUCCAGGUGUGUCCAUUUAGUUUGCGUGUUGUCAGUGUUGUGGGAAUAACAUACCUGCUACCACAAGAAGAGCAACCCUUGUGCCACCCAACUGUGGAAAGGGCAUUAAAAUCAUGUGGACAAGGUGGUACUGCUCAUGUAAAGUUAGUUGUGGAAUGGGACAAAGAAACAAAAGAUUACUUGUUCGUAAAUACAGAAGAUGAAUAUGUUCCUGAUGCAGAAAGUGUCCGUCUGCAGAGGGAACAUCACCACCAGCCUCAGACUUGCACUUUAUCACAGUGUUUCCAAUUGUACACCAAAGAGGAACAGCUUGCUCCAGAUGAUGCUUGGCGUUGCCCACACUGUAAGCAGCUGCAGCAAGGGAGCAUAACAUUAAGCCUCUGGACCUUGCCUGAUGUGCUUAUUAUACAUCUGAAGAGAUUUCGACAGGAGGGUGACAGGCGAAUGAAGCUUCAGAACAUGGUAAAAUUUCCUCUAACUGGCCUGGAUAUGACACCUCAUGUGGUCAAAAGAAGCCAGAGCAGCUGGAGCCUCCCAUCCCAUUGGUCACCAUGGAGGCGCCCUUAUGGAUUAGGGAGAGAUCCUGAGGACUACAUCUAUGAUCUUUAUGCUGUGUGUAAUCACCAUGGGACCAUGCAAGGGGGUCAUUAUACAGCAUACUGUAAGAAUUCUGUGGAUGGUCUCUGGUACUGCUUUGACGACAGUGAUGUACAACAGUUGUCUGAGGAUGAAGUCUGCAAGCAGACGGCAUAUAUACUUUUCUACCAGAGGCGGACAGCUAUACCAUCAUGGUCAGCUAACAGCUCUGUGGCAGGUUCCACAAGUUCUUCACUGUGUGAACACUGGGUAAGCCGGCUUCCAGGGAGUAAGCAAGCCAGCAUUACUUCUGCUGCUUCUUCCAGGCGCACAUCUCUGGCUUCACUCUCAGAGUCAGUGGAGUUGACUGGGGAAAGAAGUGAAGAUGAUGGCGGGUUCUCAACUCGACCAUUUGUAAGGAGUGUCCAGCGCCAAAGCUUGUCAUCCAGGUCCUCUGUUACCAGCCCAUUGGCCGUCAAUGAAAAUUGCAUUAGACCCUCUUGGUCCCUAUCUGCUAAGCUGCAAAUGCGUUCUAACUCUCCAUCGCGUUUUUGUGGUGACUCUCCUGUGCAUACUUCUGCCUCUACUUUGGAGAAAAUAGGGGAAGCAGUAGAUGACAAAGUCUCUAUCUCUUGCUUUGGUAGCUUAAGGAACCUUUCUAGUAGUUACAUGGAGCCAAGUGAGAGCCAUAGCAGGCGUGAGCACAGGGCCAUGGGUAGAGCUCCUCUGGCUGUCAUGGAAAGUGUAUUCAGAGAUGAGUCAGCUCCCAGGAAAGUGACUUCGAGUCUUUCUGAUAUACAGAGCAAAAGCUCAGCACAGGGGGAUCGAGUGCAUCCUGUUUCAGAUCCAUUUGAUAACAAUAAUCAGAUUGCUUAUGUGGAUCAGAGUGAUUCUGUUGACAGCUCCCCAGUCAAAGAGGCAAAGACUCCAAGUGGUUCUGGCUUACUUGUGGAAAAGUCAGAUAGCACAACUAAGAAGUCUCCUAGCUCCAAAGGGAUUAUUUCUGAGCCAGAUAAAAGCCUGAGGAAAGGGAGGACAGUCUUGGCUCGCCAGGAAUCAUCUCUUUCAAACACAUCACCCACUUCUCCUGUUCCCUUAAAAAGUUCUGUAAAGACUUCCCGCUCCAGAAGCAAAGCAGAAUCUUCCCAAGUCAGUGGGCGACAUGCGUCCCCUGUUCCUGGUCAUCCCAAAAAGGAGUCAUCUACAAAAUCCCAGGACACUGUGGCUGUUCAGCAGAAACAAAAGUUAGCUUCCUCCCCAGCUUCUAUUUCUUCUACAGCUGCCAAAAAGCCUCCUUUGGGCUCUGCCACCAGGGGUCCCUCCUCCACUGGAAAGAAUAGGACUUCAGACAGAAGCCUGAGCCGAGAAGGCUCCAAAAUAAGCCUUGGUUCUGACAAAGCCAGUGUCACAUCCACCUCCAAACCAAACUCCCCUCGGGUGGGUCAGUCUAAAGCUGGGGAGAGCAGAAUGGAUGGAAAGCAUGUGAGGAGUUCUUCCAUGGCCAGCCUGCGGUCUCCCAACCCAGGUAUGAAGUCAGGUUUGAAGAGGGACAGCAAGUCAGAAGACAAGGGACUGUCCUUCUUCAAAUCAGCUCUGCGGCAGAAGGAGACUCGGAGGUCAACUGAUCUUGGGAAAACCACAUUACUCACCAAAAAAUCAGGUGUAGGAUCCACCAAGUCGAUCAGUAAGAGUACAGUGGAUGAGAAGUCAGAUAAAGGCAGCCAGCCUCCAUCCUCCCAACAGCCAAAUGCAAAUACUAUUUCAAAAGAGCAGCCUGCCUCCAAGGAUUCCACUUCUGUAAAACAUUCCCUGCUUUCUACCCGCAGAUCCAAGUCUUCCCAGCUAGAUCCUGGAAAUCCCUUGUCUCCUAGUAGCAAGCAGUCUGCUGAGAAAUCUUUUAAAAAGUUACCUUCUAGCAUGCACACCUCUGCACGGCCUUCUCAAAAACCUCAGUGAGAUUUCUUCAAACCAGGUGUUUUAUCUGUAAAGACACUUAUUUAUUUAGAAUUGAGGACUCUAUUUUUGUUCCCUUUACCUGAUAUUUCCCUUCCUUCUUCCCCCUCCCCCCCUUGCUUUUGUUUUGUAGUUUUUGGUUCAUGUGCCUAAUGCGUGUGUGUGAGGAGAACUAAACUGCAUUGUGUUGAAGUGUCUCCUUCUUCUGCCAUCAAACCAAAUAAUAGCCAUAGGCAAAGAAAGCAGUGAUACCAAGUUAACUGGAAUAAUUAUUAAAAAAAACAAAAAACAAAAACCAUAAUCCUGGACUGCCUCUUAGCACUUGUGAAUAUUUCUUUCUGGUGAAAUGCCACAACUUUUUGUCAGACACUAGGGUUUUGAAACCUGUGAACUAGUUAUGCUAUAAAUAGUAUAUGCUCUGUAGAACUGUGAAAUAAUAUUAUUUGGGGUUUUUGCCCGAGCAGAAAUUAUCCUCAUUGAUUUGUGGAUUGUCGUCUAGUGUGGUAAGAUGUAGAAGCUAACAGCAAAACUAAGAGACUGUUGCUACUUCUGCUCUUGCCCCAGUCUUCAAUCUUUUUUUAAAGGGCAAUAUUUUAACACUAAUGUUGUUUCUCAGGUAUAUACUCAGCUAGUAUAAGAGGGAUGAGCAUUAGUGAAUGAACUCAAUAUAAAGGUAACCUUUCAUGUGUGAAUGUAUGUAAUUUUUUUCUUAGCAUCAUGGAUGUAAGCUUUUCGAGAUGUAAAGAAUCUUUUGUUAGUGUCAUAUUGGUGAAGAUGUAUGUAUAUCUUAGCUGGCUAUCCCUUGACUCUUGGACAUUGUGCUAAGAGGUGGUGAAUUGGAUAGCAAGAAGUUAGUCAGUAUCCAUUCUUCCCUCCCUUCUCUAUUGGAGCUCUGAAAUAUAGCCACUUGUCAGCAUCUUCUAAGUUAUACCCUGAUAAUAUGGUUUAUUUUUUUUAAACUGGAAACGUGUACCUGAUGGUGCGAAUGAUGCCUGGGUGAUGUAUAGAUGUACUACUCUCCCUCUAUGGCUGCACACCUUGUCUGUAAACAGCAGAAUUGAAUCUUGCCUUUUGGAGGCAUGCUUCUCUUUCUGUAUCUUUCAGCCCAAUGCCAAAAGUCAGCAAUGCAGUAUGGAGGCUCAGUGUAACAAAAUAUUAAAUAUCUUUUUUUUUAAUGUUUCUUUGUAAGACUUGAUUAUAAUUGUGUUUUCCAACAAACAAUUCCUCUCCCUUGCUGUUACAGGUUCCUUAAUUCCGCUCCCCAAAUCUAUAGUCAAAGCUAAAGCUCAUCCUACAAGGCAACAGAUUACCUUUCUUUGUUUCCAAAAUAAAAACAAGCCCCACCUUGCUCAAUUUACAGUGUUCACACAAAUAUUGUGUUUAUUUUAAGUUGUAUAGCCAUAUUCUGACUUCAUGCUUCUCUUCUUUUCCUUAUGAGGACUGUGUAACCUGGAUUCUUUGUGAAACAGACUUUGCCACAAUGCAGAGAAUGAUGUGUUGUGUUUCAUGUUCAUAUAGUCUUCAAUUUGCAUGUUUUCCUAGGUCAAUGUUUUUCCAAUCCAUAAAUUCACCAGAUUUUACAUGAGUAUCCAGAUCUAUUUGUUAGUCUUUCCUACUUAAUAACUAGAGCAAAUAGUUUUAUUUUGUCCCAUAAUAUCCUUUGCUCAACUUUUUUUUUUUUUUUUUUGAGUUGGGGGAAGAUGGAAAAAUCUUGGAAAAUAUUGGCAUCAGUCACCUGUCUUAUAUAAUUGCCCACUUGAGCAUCAAAGUGAUUAAUAGACCUGGAAAUCAUUCAUGGAAGACUAGCUAAAGAUCUAAGCCCUUGCAAUAUUUAAUAUUUUUUUAUAUUUAGCCUUGUGAAUAUUUCUGUAGUGCUCACUGUAAUUCAUUUAUUAUGACCUUAUUGGCAAUAAUACUCUGCCUGAUAAUCCCAGCUUGAUUGCUAUUUAUUUUCUGUGAAGUAUAAGCAUCUCUUCCAUUUGCAAAACAGUGUUGCUCUUUGGUUCUACUAUUAUUUGGCUUCUGCACAAGCUCCUUUUGAAAAUUGUUAGUACUUUUACUGGUACAUUGAAUUUUUCGUAGUUACCUUUCCUCAGAACAAUAUUUUAAACCUAAUGUGAUUAUGAUACCUCUCUUCUAGCUACAAUGUAGAUUUUCUACAAUCAAAAAGGACAUAAAAUAUGAACAGUGUUAAACAUAGCUGAAUGACUUAUGAUAAAGCUCCUGUUCUUUUGAAUAUAGGGCAUAUUUGGAAAUGUCAUAUCAAUGAAAAUUGUACAAUAGUUUUAUAGUGGUUACAAGAAUUUCUCUUGGAGGGGAUUUAUUUUAGCAGUUACCAAUGAAAUAGUUAAACCUGAGUAGAAUUAGCUUAAUUUUCAGACAUAAAUUUAAAUUUUAAAAUGGUUGUUGAUUUUGUAUAGGAAUGGAAAAAAAACAACCCAAACCUAACCUUUAAAUAUCAGGAGAUAAUUGCUUGAGCUCAAAUAUAAUUUUCCAUUAUGUAUUAAUAUUAUUUAGUUAGUAGGACUGGUUCUCCUUUCUGCUUAGCUAAAAACAUACAUAGUUAUGCUUUGGGGACUGACUGUGUCAUUUCUUGACAUUUUAAUGUGGUUCGAUUUCCUUUUUCUCCCCUUCUAUUUCAUGUUUGAUAAUGAAAAUUUGAUGAAAUAACAAACAUUUAAUCAUCUUAAACUACUAUAUGCUUUGAGGACAACAGAUCAUGAAUACAGAAAAAGGACAGUGAGUUAUUGUAUCCAGGGAUAUUUUGCCAAAAUGUUUCAAAGAGUGACUUGAAUAAGUUGAUUAAAAACAAAAACAAUUUCUUCUUCUUCUUUCUCUUCCUCUUCCUUCCUCCUUUCUCUCUCCUUUUUCCUCCUCCUUUUAACAUAGGUAAGAUUUUUUUUUCUGUUUAUAUUUGGAAUAAGGUGCUUGUUCAUUUGUUUGGGUGAACAAUUAUCUGUAGAUCACCAUUGUCUUGUGUUUGUGAGAACUAUUCGUAGAAGCAUAGUUAUAAGAAAUUAUUACCUGGUAAGCACAAAGAAAUCACUAACAAGUCCUGAAAUUAGAGCAAAUCCAUGGUACUUUUACUGUUCUUAUUACUAUUGAUGUCUUUGGCGUUGUUCAUUUUUGAGGUAGAAUUGGAAUAUCCAGAUUCUCUCCUCUGCUUUGAUAAGGAGACACAAUGGCAAAGAAACAUUGUUUUUGAUUGUCUUUUACUCCUUUAAGCCCUUUUCAUAAUCCUUAUAGCAACUUUGUGCCAAGUCAGUAAUAGUUCAUGCUGGACACAUAGAAGUGAAUGUUAGAAUAUUUGUGGUUUAGUAAGUGUUUGUAGUCAUUUGAAAGGCUGCCUUGAAAUUUUUUAUUUAGUACAUAAAAUAAAUUGAAAGGGAUAUUUAUGUAAAAAAAUAUAAAUUUACUUCUCAAGUUAGCUUUACUUUAGCUCAGGGGCACCUAGAGUGCAGUCCAUGGACCAAAAAAAGUCCAUACAGCCCUUACUGGAACCACCCUCCCUAAUACAGAAAUCUAUUUUGCAGAUCUUCUGAAUUAGCAUAUCCUAGGAAGGGUAGUUUUUGUGACCAAUCCUCUUUAUAACCAAUUUCAUUUUAUGGAAAGUAGAUGUAGUCAUCAUUUACCCAUCAAUCUACUAUCUGUCUGCCAUUGGUUUAAUUCUUCUGCAGCCCAGCAAUGAAGUUCUUUAACUAGCUUCCUUAUACUAGAAUUUGGUCCUUCCAUGAUUUAGGUAAAUAUGUUUUGUUUUGUUUUGUUUUUUGUAAAAAGAAGAAAACAAAACUCUCUUUUCUUAAAAAUAAUUUCCAAGGAAAAAGAUGUGAUAAAAUACUGCAAAGGGAACAGCUGGCUGCAGCUUUUAAUGGAAAGUGGAGCACUGGGGAAUGAGCUCCUCUUUUUUUUUUUUUUUUCCAAAUGGGGAAACCAUAAAUUUAGUGUGGGUUUUAAUUUGGUCUACAAAUUUCAUCCUUGAUACAUUGCCUUUUUAAAUCAUUGAGCAGUUAUGUUGGGGUUUUUUUAGAGGGUGGGUGGGAUGGUGGUGUAUGUGUCCGGUUUCAAAGUUGUAGUUCUGAUAGAAAUUAGCAUUUCUGGGCUGGAUUAUAGGGAUAAUAGUUACAGAAUGCAAAUCAUAAGCACAUUUUCAGUGGAAAAAGAAACUCAACAACCCAUUAUACUUUGUGAGGCACUUUGAACUUUGCCUUAGUGAUGGAGCUGAGAAGUACACAUUUUAAUGACAAACUGGUGCCUAUAUCUUUCUAAAUAUGAAGUAUAUGUGUCAUUCUGCAAGGUUUUUGUCCCUUUUGUUCACAAAUGGUUUGAUAUAGCAAAGUCAGACCAUAUGCUUUAGAUGGAAACCUGACACUUUGAUUACAGGGAUGUCUAAACUGCCUCCACUCCCUCCACCCUCCAUCCGUUCCCCUCCCUCCCCCCCACACUCCAUUUCCUUUUGUUCAGCUCCCCAAUGUAGAACUCUUGGCUUUCCAUAGCUAUAAUUUGAGCAUGACCCGCCAUUUGCCCCUCCCCCCAACAACAAGAACAAUUCUGCAUGGCCUUUAUCUAGCGCUGCAUCCUGAAUGCAUGCUCUCAUUAACUAUGCAAGCAACUGAUACCGACCAUAGAUGGCACUAACUGCUUAAAACGAAGCUAUUAGAUAAUGGAACUCUAUUUUUGAAUUUGUUGUUUUAUUUCCUGAUCUGAGUAUCCAUACACUCAGGAGCAUGUAUGUGGUUUCUUGCUUUAUUUUGCACAUCCUUGACUCUCUUCUUUGCAGAACUUUUGGAUUAUUGACAAGAUUUAUGUGUAAAGUUCUUAAGUAUUUUUCAAAUAGGAAAGGUAUUGGAUAUGUUGAAAUGACAACAUGCUGGUUUAUGUAUUGUGGUGUCUAGGUAAUCUCCUAAUGUAUCCUCUUCUCUAAGUAAGCUGCCAUUUUUCUAUAGAAUUUUAAUGGUUUAUAUCUUCUAUAUGACAUCAUGGUCUCAAGAAGAGACAAAAGCUUCUAGCAGCAUUGACAAUUAAAAAAACAAACCAUGCUUUUGUAGAACUUUAGUGCUAUUUAAAGUUGAUAUUUCCAGCCACCAGACUUAAUAGGAUUAGUACUAUGGUGUUUAUGGCAGUACUGUACAAUGAGUUCAAACCUAGAACUAUCUCCCAUUCUUUAAUCCAUCUGGUACAAAAGUUUAAGGCUUCAAACCUCUCAGAUAAGAGACCCAGUAAGGAAGAACCUGAAGUCUUAAAGGAGACAGAGCAAUGAAUGGCAUGCAGAUUUAAGUGUGCAAAUGGGACUUUGGUUUGCUUGAGCAGACAGCACACUGGGCAUCUUGAUGUGCUUAGUGGCCUUCUGUCCUUGUCUGUAGCAAGCAGAAAAUCCCUUGGUGGGGUUGUUGUGGGAAUGGUGGUCACUGCAUAGUAAAGUGAUGAAAAGUUAAAACCAACUAUCAUUGAAAAGCUUAUCAGUAGAAAGAAGAAGAUGCCUCAAUGGUAACGUUCUUUAUGUAGUAAGCAAUUAAAAUUGCAGUCACCAGGCUGCUUGAACAUUGCUCUUGAACUCUUUCUCUAUUGUGGUCCUUUGCAGGAGAGCAGUUUCAGGAAUUCUUCUUAGUUUGAAAACAAAUGUGAAGAGUUUUGUUUCAAAGUGACAUUCAGUAUAAUUUCCCCCAUGUAAUUUUUUUUUUAAGCAUCUCUUAUGGAAUUUGCCAACUGACCCCAAAUAAUUUGGCUAUACAUGCAGAGGCAACUGAAAUUUAGUUUUAAUCUUUGGUGAGCCAGAAGCACUAUGGAUGCCUCGUAAUAAAGCCAACUGUAAAACUUAGCUGUUUAUCUUGUGGAGCAUUAUUUUGCAGACAAUUGAAAGUCAGGCUAAUAUAACCUUUAAGCUUAGUGCAGAGGAAGCCAGCAGCGCCCAAAUACAUCUGUUUAAAUCAUCCAGAAUAAUGGUGUAAGUAUACAUAAGUUAAACUCCUCCCUAGAGAAGUUUGAGCAGUGAAUUCUGUAGGUGGUCAUGAAAAGCAGCAUGAAAUUAUGCUAGGUGCUAUCUUGAAAGCUUUGGUGUCAUUAUACCAAAGGGAAAAUGGCUAUAGUAUUUUCUGAAGAUAAAAGUCCUCUUUUGUGGCCUUUCAAGUGCACCAUACAGGAUUGCUCACCAACUGUGCCUCACCAUUGGUUAAAAUUGAAUUCGGAUCUCAUUGCAAAUAUAGUUUCUUGACUGAAGUUAAACUUCAGUUUUUACACUGGAAUUUCUACAGUUCUUCUCAAAGCUGCAUGUCAUUGUCACUGUACACAAAUACAUUUUGGUAUAGUUCACACCUUUGAUAUCGGCUUCUGUAUAAAUACUUUUGAGUUGUACAGUAAUCUGGAAAGCAGGAUGUCUUUAUCUGAGGCUGGAGGAAACAUAAUUGUGCCGUAAAUUUUAAAUUAUUGAGGACAAGUGCAUGAGACUGUGUCAAUGCCUCCUGUUAUUUAUUUGUAUGUUUUAUUAUUCAAGGUGGAUGCACUUUUAAUAUGCAGAAUUUAUAUUUUUAUGUUAAAACAUUUCCUUUCAGAAAGAAGUUUGAAUAUUACAGUAUGUAGUUGGACUUAAGAGAAAAGUGGAAAAUGUAAUAAAAUACAUUAAAUUUA